ACAACUGUGACCUUUUAAAGACAGAAAAAUUGAGCAUCAAGAACACAGAAUUAUCAUGUGUUUCCCUUUAUCACAUAUAAAAUAAUCGCCACAAAACACCCGAUGCAGUAGCUAAGCAGCAAGGCAUAUGAUAGCUAAAAAUUAGUAGAAUCUCAAGACGGAAUAGACAGUUCUUUAUCUAUCUUUUUUGCUGAGCGAUAAAUUGGUUGCAUUUUUUUAGAGUAGAAUUUUUUAGAAUUCUAAACUAUUCAUUCAAAAUUGCGAUGUCAUUUCAUGCAAGGGAUGCGCGUGCUUAAAAUUUGUUUAUUUCAAUCACUUAUUAAUUGCCUAAUUACCCUUUAAAACAUUUUUAAUUACAAAGUGUCAAUUAUACUACGGCAAACAGACGUUAAUUGAAGCAAAUCUAAAAAAAACGAUUGUAUAGCCAUUUAAAAAGUUCCUGAGUAUGCACUUUUUUUGCAUUCUCAUUGCGAACUUUAUGAAUAUAAAUAGCAGUGAACUGCAAUCAAGUUAUAAACGAAAAGAAAAAAGAAAAGAUUGUGAUUCAUUUGAAAUCGAUAAGUUACAACACAACAAAGAUGUCUCCUAAAUACUCCUUAUUAUAUUUCGAUAUCCGUGGGCGUGGCGAGGCCAUACGAAUGUUGUUCAAAUAUGCUGGUGUUGAAUUUGAAGAGAAAACAAUAUCUUUCGCAGAAUUUGAUGCAAUUAAAGGAAAUGUUAAAGAAACCCCAACUGGACAGAUUCCAGUUUUGACAACACAAUGCGGCAAAAAAAUUGUUCAAACUGCAGCUAUCUUACGAUACGUUGCAACUGAACUCAACUUAAUGGGGGAAUGCAACGGUCAACGAGCUUUGAUUGAUGGGAUCGUUGUAACACAUAAAGAGAUUCAUGACGCUGCUAUAGAUAUUGCAUUUUUCACAAAAGAAGAAGAGAAGCCAGCGAAGCUAAAAGCAUUAGAAGAAAAACUUCAUAAGUCAUUCAAAUUCUACGAAGUGGUAGCUAAAGAAUAUGGAAAAUGUGACAAUUUUGUUGGGAAAUCGAUUACGAUAGCAGACAUAUACUUUGUUGAUGUCAUGGAUUUGGUCAACCAAGUACUUCCAAACGCAUCCGUCCUAUGUAAAUAUCCAGUACUCAAAAAUAUUCAUGCUAAAACCAAAGAAUCUCCAAAUUUGAAGAAAUAUUUAGCAGAACGAAAAUAAAAGAAGAAGAAUUUAAUUUAUUGUACUAAUAACAUGUGUAUCAUAAGUAAAUGAAAAAGGUGAUGUUUUGGAGAUGUGUUAUUACUUUUAUCAAUUAUAAC